AUGGGAAGACCCAGCUGCAACCUGGAGCUCAGCCUCCACUCGCCGGCGACUUCCGGCGACGACGACCACUGCCGGCGGGAAGAGCCGCAGCCGCAGCCGCUGACGAUUUUCUACAACGGGAGGUACAGCGUCUGCGACGUGACGGAGAUGCAGGCCAGGGCGAUUAUAAUGCUGGCCGGCGGCAGUCAGGAGGCGGCGGAUGACAAAUCGGCGACGAGUCCCGGGGACGAGCAGCGGCGGCGGCGGCCGGCUUCACCGGCGAUGUCGGAAACCCCGACCCCGCCUCCGGCGGUGGGGUUGUCGAUGAAGAGGUCGUUGCAGAGGUUCCUGCAGAAGCGGAAGGGGCGAGCGCAGGCCGCCACCGCGGCGCCUUACUCACGCGCCGCCGCCGCGUUUGAGAAGAAGGAGCUUCGGUUUCAGAUCGACGGCUUCCAGAUCGUUGCUCCCUAA